AUGGUGGUUCAACUUGAUCGCUACUCAAUGCUGAUCGUUUCCAAAUACUUUAGUUAUAUUUUUGAUUAUAUCAACAUGGUUUUUGUGUGUAAAAAGUUUAAGGAAAUACCAGAGAUGUUUCAUUUUAAUCCCAUUUCAGUCUCAUUUAUAACACAAAAGUAUUUUCCAAAUGUCGAGACUCUUCAUCUCUAUACAGAAAAAGAUAAAUUUCUUUCUAAGUAUCGACAAUAUUAUGUCCACUACCCCACACCUCUUCAUAAAUGCAUUAAAUUAAACCAAGGUAAACGUGUUAUAUGUCCAUUAAGAACUUUUAGAUUUGAUAGUCAACAUUAUGGAUGUUCUUAUAAAGACGCAAACAUUUUUUUAGACAAAGCAGUUAAAAAUACGAGUGCUAAACUGACUGCAAUGGACUGUUCUAACAUAGUAAAAUUUGGUCUUUCGUGUUUUGAAUACAACACUAUAUUAGUUUCAAUUACUUUAUCAAGUAAUUUAUAUGAAAUUCCAGAUAAAUGCUUUUUCAUCUGCACAAAACUCAAAGAAAUUGAUUUGGAACACAUCAGAGUGUUUGGGGAUUACUGUUUCUGUCGUUGCAAUAGCCUAAGUGCUAUUACUUUGGGAACUAACAUAAUAAAAAGUGCUAAAAAUGCAUUUAAUGAAGUAACAUCAAUUAAAAAUGUUACGGCGCCUGGAGUCAAAAGU